CUCUCAUAAGGGUGGGACCACAAAAAAUUUGAAGAUGGUGCGUUCGAACGAAGAAGCAGAUCAAAUUAGGUGUGGUGUUGGGCAGGGCGUGAGGUGCUGAAACGAAUGAAUAGUGACGAAUAAUACGCUGUAAAACGAUUUAUAGGUACGGUAUGUGCACAGCAAUCAUGUAUAGCACAUCGUUAAGCAUUGUACUUGGCAAUUAAAUUGCCACGCUCGUUCGCGUGAGGCGCAUCGCAGGCAAGACAUGUUUGUAAAGCGGUUUGUGCAUGCUCUUCAUCACACGGGCGUGUUACCGUUCUAAAACGAAGCGUUGGGGCUAAAAAUGCGAAUAGCUGUGCACACCCGUACGCUCAAACGGAGCACUUCCUGUUCAGGCAUCUCUUGUCAUGUAAUGUCCGAUCAGGCGUGCUAUAGCACCUUCAAAUCAACCAAGUACCAUUUUAUCCCUCAAUUACCGAAGAAUAAGCACCUUGCACCGUAAAGCGAUCCGUUCCAGACACCGUCUCGUGGCAGUGUUGGGGCCCUCGCUGCUGCUGCACGCCAUACAACCCUUUAUUUUUCUUUUGUGCCCACCAUUCGAAAAAAUGCUUCACAAAUUUUUUAUGGUCAAAAAGCAGAAAAUGAAAGGCAAACGGAACGUGGUGCUUGACAUUUUACGUAAUAAAAUUAAAAAGAGGUAUGCAAAGGGUAAGCACAGCAUGACAGGCCGUGAGGAUGUUGGUGGUGAUUUGGACAGUGAAUGUGGUGUGGCAAGCAGUGAAACGGGUGGCUUGGAGGUGUUUGUACCGGGGAGAUCGGUUAAACGUGCAGUGGUACGAACGAGUGCCGGGGAUGGUGGUUCAAUGGGUAUUUCUGGUCGCGGAGCGGUGCUCAAUGUUCAGAGUGGUGUGCACGUGCCGUGUGAACUGAGGAAAAAGACCGUUUUUGGUAGAGCGGCAGAACUUGAGAGCAACAGCAACGCAGUGAACAGCCCUGUGAGCAACAGCAACGCAGUGAACAGCCUUGUGAGCAACAGCAACGCAGUGAACAGCCCUGUGAGCAACAGCAACGCAGUGAACAGCCUUGUGAGCAACAGCAACGCAGUGAACAGCCCUGUGAGCAAAGGCAGUGCGCACGUAAUCCUCAACUCUCACACCAAUCCAAUACCACACCAAUCCACAAUACACCACAAUCCACCAGCCACACAUACACCCCAUCUCAAGAAGAUCUCAGCAUCUCUGCGCACGAUUCACCGCUUCAACACCUUAAAAAAUCGCAAAACAUUCUUCAACCGCUCAAAACACAUCAUUGAGAGCAUAACGAGGCGAAGAGUUGAUUUAAAUGAUUUGAGGAUGAUUAAAUGGUUGGAUGGGCGGUAUACGUUUGAAAGAGAUGGGGAUGACUUGGUGGUGUGUGGAGUGGGCGGAUUGGUUGAUAAACCGGGAAGUGGGAUGGCUGCACUGUAUGAUGGCGAUGUUGUUGGUGGCGUAGAGGGAUCGGGCGGUGCUGCAGGUUAUGAUAAGACCGGGAUUGAUGGCAAAACCGUGCUGAGCAGCGUAACGGAUGCUCAUGCAAACACCAGAAACGAUGCGGUGCAUGGUACGAACCGAAGAGCAUGCGAGGCGCACCACGGCAAAAUCUCAUUUCUAUCGGCCGAUGCGCCGCUUCAGCCCCAAAAACCGCCCGAAAUUAAAAACAACCUGAAAACAAACGAAAGUGCGAGCGAAAAGUACCAGCGCAUUCUCGACCGCAUCAAAACGAGAGAAAAUGCACGUAAAAUGCAGUUUAUUGCCCAGCAACACAACGAACCAUCGUAUUCGUUCAGUACCGACCUUAUAAACACGUUCAGCCUGGAGGGCAGGACAUGCUACGAAUACGGCGAGUUGAAGCAGAGAAUGAACUACGUGUGUAACAUUGAGGACGAGAUUGCGAAGAUUGACGGGUUUGUAGUCGUAAACAGGAAUGGCAAGCGGUACGUGAUGCGUAGGAAGGAGUGACUGGUGGUGGACCGUAACUUAAAUUUGUAUGCCGUUGGUACCAUGCGUACAUGUUAAUAAAGGCGAUUGCACUUCAAAAGCGGUGCUGUGAGCUGUGUUUACCGCAUUACUUGCCGUUCGGUAUCUUUGCGCUCAUUUCAGCAAAAAUGGUUACAUCCGGCCAGCAAUUCUUCA